GGCGGAGCCCACCCCGUAACCGGGCCCCAGCCCCAGCCCCGUUCUGCUCACAUGUGGAGUCCUGCCCUUGCACCCAUUCCCCUAAGCCCGACCCCAGGCCAUGCCCUAGGUAGGUGGCAGGCCACCCAGCCUGCCUUGUGAGGUCACAGUAGGGGAUGAAGGGGAAAGGUGGGUCCUCACUUCCGCCCUGCCCACCGGCCACCCGCUGGGUGAGCCUGGCCAAGCCAGUGGCCUCCUGGGUGCCCAUUUCUCUUUCUGGCCCUGGAACCGCCUACCAAAAGGAAAAGAUGUUCUUCCCAGUGUGCACCUUUCCUAGCUACUGGCUGAAGAGAGCAGGCGCAGCUGGCCAAAGCCAGCCCCCGUUCCCAUCCCAGCCCCAGGCCCAGGUCCUGGUUCCACUGUCACCCCAGCUCUGCAGGCUCCCGGACGCCCUCAGCCAGCUGACUCCUGACACCACCCACCCCACCCGGGUGAGGCCUGUCGUGCCACACUGGCCUGAGCCACAGGGGAUGAACUCACUGCAGAAGCAAGACCUCCGCAGGCCCAAGAUCCACGAGGCAGGGCGGGUGUCUCCCUACCAGCCGCCCACGCUGGCCUCACUGCAGCGACUGCUGUGGGUCCGCCGCGCUGCCACGCUGAGCCACGUGAAUGAGGUCUGGCCCAACCUCUUCUUGGGAGAUGCGUACACAGCCCGGGACAAGAGCCAGCUGAUGCAGCUGCGCAUUACCCAUAUUGUGAAUGCGGCCGCAGGCAAGUUUCAAGUGGACACGGGUGCCAAGUUCUACCGAGGAAUGCCCCUGGAGUACUACGGCAUCGAGGCCGAUGACAACCCCUUCUUCGACCUCAGCGUCUACUUUCUGCCCGUUGCUCAGUACAUCCGAGCUGCCCUCAAUGCUCCCCAGGGCCGUGUGCUGGUCCACUGUGCCAUGGGGGUCAGCCGCUCUGCCACGCUUGUCCUGGCUUUCCUCAUGAUCUGCGAGAACCUGACACUGGUUGAAGCCAUCCAGACAGUGCAGGCCCACCGCGAUAUCUGCCCCAACUCGGGCUUCCUCCGUCAGCUCCAGGUCCUGGACAACCGGCUGGGCCGGGAGACGGGGCGGCUCUGAUGUUACAAGCAGCGCAGCGGCCUGAUCCUCCCACCAGCAUGGCCCAACUCAACCAGCCUGGCCUGGGGGCAACAGCCUCUGCUGUCUCCAGUGACCCUGAGAUACAAACAGCAAGUGGGGGCUUAGCUGAAGCAGAGGCAGAGAACGCUGGCAGUGACCUUUAGCAGGUGGAUUUCCCUAACCCAAUCCAGAGAUUCUUUAUGCAAGAGAGUUGAUUCUUUCUCUAUAAUAAAAGGUUCAUCAUUAUUAAGAUAGGAGAUUUCUGGUGGUUUCUGAGGCAUUGGCUUAAUCUCAGGAUGGCCACCAGGUAGCAGAUGGCUUUGCUAAUUUAGCAUGAUGGCAGCUUUAAUAAGGAGAGAGUCUUAGUCCAUUCUAAGGCUUAGUGCAGAAGAAGGGCAGGUGGGGAUCAAUUAGUGAUGUCUGCCUUGAGCUACAAAUGCUGAGGGCAAGAUGACCUCUUCCUCCUCUCGUCCUCCUUGUCCUCUUGUAACCCUGCAGCAGUCAGGCGGUCUGACUGAGACCAGCGUUUGACGCAUCACCAUGCUCUCCAUGCCCACACUGCCCAAAGCUGAUAAUCAACACUUGCUGUGCACAAACAGCAUCUCUCAGAACCAGCCAAUCUUUUCACCUGCACUCCACUUCUAAAAGGCCUACUUAACGAGGACAGUCACCUAAAGACACAGGCCUUCAACAAAAGGACAGGGACUGGUGAGGAGACAUACCAGAAGUCCUGCUUGAAGGGCAUUCUGUGCUGGGAUAAGCCAUUUUGCUUUGUGUUUCUAAGUUCUUAUGCUCUAACGAAACAGCAGGCACAGAAAGCUCCCCAGAGUGGUACACACCCAGGGCGUACAUGAGCAUGAGCACUGGGUCUCCUUCAGCCUCUGGCAACUCCCAUCUGGGCCCUGCCUCCUCUUAUUGCCCCUCGAACGCCAAGGUUUCUGAGUCCCACCCUUGGCCUUUUCUCUUCCUUGGCGUCGCCGCUCCCCUGGGCACGAUCUUGCUCCACAGGCUCUAGGCUAAUGCCUCCCAGGCAGAUACGGAUGGCUCAGAUCUCUUCCCUGAGCUCCAGUCUUCUGCAUCCCACUGGCCACCUCCAUGUGAGUACUGGACUUGAACUUCAGACUCACCUGGACUUUGCACCUCCCCACACCCAGAUCCACUCCUGUUCCUAGCUUCCUGUUUCAGUGAAGGGUUUUGACAGCCGCUGUUCCCAAGUUAAUGGCAGGUGUCAUCCUGGACGCCUCCUAACUACCCCCAGAUCUGCUCACUAAACUGUACGUUGGUUGUAACCAUUGAAGUUCAAACUAUCCUUGGCUCUCACCCAGAUUCUUGCUAUGCUGCCCUUGCCAUCUCUCCGCCCCCAGCCUCACUGGUCUGAGAUGGACACUUUACUAACAGGAAAAAACCUCAUCAUGCACCCUUCCGCUGAAAGCCCCCAAAGUACGAACACCUUCACACAGGAUGAAGGUGCCUCCCAUAUCUCCAGCCAUAUUGCAGCUCUGUCCCCAAGCUCUCUGUGCAAGUAAGAAACGGUGACUCUACCCGGAUGCACCGCUCUUAGCCCUGUGCUGCAUGUGCCACAGGCAGCACCACCAGGAAUGCACCACCCCACCCUGCUUCACUGGGCUAACCCCAGAAUCUCCCUGAGGUCUCAGUUUAGAUGGCACUUCUGGGAAGCCCACCCAGAGCCCCCCAGCCUAGGGGAAGUGCUCCUCCCAGGGCUACCAAAAUGUCCCCCUUGCUGUGACACCACCUUUCACUGUGAAAGUGUCACUACAACCACCCUGUACCGUCAUCCCUCCCAGUUGGCUGUGUCUGACCAGGGAAGGCACAGGGUCCCACAGCUGCCAUGCUCUCUGCUUGGACUCCACCCUCAGGUACUUGGUCUUCUCUCCAGAUGCCACCAGGGGGAAGGGAUCCCAGGGUGCACCUCCUCUCCAGCUAGCUCCACCAGCUGUCAGCCUCUCACAAUCUGGCUCCCCCUAAUGCCCUCUUCCUAGCAUUUCCUAUCCCCUGGAGCUCCUCCCUUCUCCCUCCAGCUCUGCCCUCCUUCGGACUGAGGGCUUUUGCCUUCUCUGCAGUCCUUCCGGAGAGCCAGUGCUUUCCCUUUGGACAAAUAGGACAAACAUGCACCUCUGAGCAAACCAGCUUUUGAGGCAGAAGCAACCCUGGGCAAGCAGCUUACUGAAGGAAAAGUUUCCCUUCCUCCUGAGUGGACACAGCCCCAAGUCAGAGUGCCCAGCUGGGUGAGCUGAUUGCUGGCUGGGUUUCAGCUCCCAUCCAUCCCUUCUGUGAUUCACAAGAUGCACAAAUGGAUGCUGCCUGCCUGGGAGGGAUUUAAAGACCCAUUUUACAGGUGCACACACAGAUGCUCAGAGAAGAGGAGACAGGGCUGGCUCUUCUGGGUCUGGUUCUAGGCCCAGCCAGCCCCUCUGCCUGCUGCACUUGGCCCAACGCCAGCUGGCUGCUGGCUGUUCCUUUCCCAAGGAUGCAUAGACAUCCCAGCUGGAGGACAGCAGCUUAGUGGCAGGGCCCAGCUCUAGACAGCCAGGGCUCCUCUCACCCCAGGGGCGGAAAGUUAUCUCCUUCCAUCCCCAGGCCUACAGGGCCUGUCACUCUGCAGAGCAAAGCUCAGCAGCCCCUCCUGCCCAUCCCCUGUUCCCUGGGAUCUACACCCAGGGCCUGCCUGACAACUCAGUCAUGGUUGCUGUUUCUUGCUCAUGCACCAUCAGUGGACCCCAAAACACUGGCUCCAGGAGUCAGGAUCUAAGUCAUUAUCCUGGUCUCUGCUAGCGGGCAGCCUGCCCCUGUAGCUGGGUUUUAGCAGGUCGCCAACCUGGGGCUCAGCGGACUGUGCUCAGAAUCUGGGGCUGCAGGGAGGAAGGGAGGGAAGCCAUGAGGAAGCAGGUAUGAGGAAAGUCACACAUUCUCCAAGCAGCACAGCAAGCAGAUGCCAUGCUCCAGGCUGGCACCUCCCCAGAUGCCCUCCUGCCUGCCACCCUCGCUGGGGGAAGUCUGUGGCAGUGGGUCCCCUCUCCCUCUGCCCAAGAGCAGCCUCAUGAGAGGAGGCAGGAAGCAUGACUAACAGUGUACCUGGGAAGCCAGACUCCGUCGGUUCAAAUCCUGCCCCAGCCCCUUAACAGAUGUGUGCCCUCAGUUAAUCGUCCCCUGCCUCAGUUUCCCUUUUGGUAACAUGGGAUUAAUCACAGCCAGCACCACACAGGACUGCUGGCUGGCUUGAGUGCGGCCUAGAGCAGAAGGUGCUCUGCAAGAGGUUUUGUUGGAGCUCAUAUGACAGCUUUGAGGAUCCGCACCCCAGUCUCAGGCUAAAAGCUGGCAGUGUUCUCUGUGUGUUUAUUGAGGGCACAGAUGACUAAAAGUUGGCUGACCUUAAUGUGACACGGUAUCUCACAAUGGAUGCUGGAAAGGACAGAGGUGAAAAACUGGGGAAAUCAGAAUAAAGUUUGUGGUUUAGUUAAUACUUGUAGUGUUCUAUCAGUGUUAAUGUCUUUGAUACAUGCAGCAUGGUCAUGUACAAAGCUAACAUCAGGGAAAGCAAGGUGAGAGUAUAUAAAAAAUAUCUGCUAUCUUUAUAAGCCUGCUGUAAACCUAAAUUUGUUUUAAAAUAAAAAUGAUCUAACAAUUA